UUGGGAAAACACCGAUACGUAAGUAUACCUCGAGGCAAUGCACUUCUAUAUGUAGUUUUUAGGUAUGUUUAUAGAAUCUGUUCGGUAUAAGACUGAAGUAGACUUGAAGAAUACUAGACCUCAGUUGAGAACUAUAUCAUGAGUGUAUGCAUUGACAGAGGGUGCUAAGAUUUUGUGUAAUUGACUAAACGGCAUUUCUCAUGCAACGAUACUUGUAACGAGAUUGUAAUAGAUUGAUAAAUAUCAAUAAUGCAUUCCCUUUCCACAAAAUAGUCAGUAUAUUCUAUUGCUGGAUCACUCCCGAACUUCUUCAGAAAAAACAUAUAAGUGUUAAGGUAAUAUGAUGAAGAUUUUAGAGUAAAGUUAACGUGCUACUGUGCUAUUUUUCUAGCAAAAGUAAUCAAUUUUGAAAUGUAUACACUCUCUUUGUAUUUUCUAUAAAUUGUAGUUGUAGUAAAUGUAGUAAAUACAUUGUAGUUGAAAAAAAACAUCCAUACAUAUAGUACAAUUGUUAACUAGCAGUAACGCAAUAUAGUCAGUUCAUUAUUAUGUAUAAAAUAAUUACUCAAGUCAAACAAUAAACGUUCUUUGGAUUCAACUUUACCUCUACCCCGCAAUCACUUAACGAGCCUAGUAACAACGAGUGACAUUCAACAUUAUCAAAGAAUCCACAUGCCUCAAGUUGUCACUCUUUAUAAAAUUGCAGUACUUUAUUUCGAUUAAAUGAGGUUUUUCUCUGAUUUCGAUAUUUUAUUUUCAACUUGUAUACAUCUUCGUUAUUAGAUCGUUAUAAUUUUUCUAUUAAUAUAAUUUCAAUUACGAGAUUUUAAUAUGUUCAGUCGCUCAAUCCUCGCAUAUAUAUUUCUUAUUAUGAGUUGCCCAUUUCACAUAUCGGCAUCAAGUUCUGUAUGUAAGCAAGUUGAAAACGUUUGGGAAAAUUUGUGUUCUGAAGAUAAGGAAUCAUCUGUUGCUAUAGAAAUCGCUCAGGGAAGACCAGGGAAAAGAGGCCCACCGGGCCAGAAAGGUGACACAGGAAAAACUGGCCCACCAGGUCCGCCAGGAAAUUGGGAUUAUGAGGAAAUUCAAAAGAAAUUUGAUCGAAAACUUCAGUCAGUCGAAGAAAGACACAAUAAGGAAACAAGGGAAUUGAAAGAAAGAAUCAAUAGAAUGGAAAGCAUUAUGGAAACUAUAAAUAAGGAAAUGACUACUGCAACUCAAGAAAGAUGUCUACAGAAUGCUUACCAUUUCACCAGCGGUGAUCAAAUAAAGGAUUUUAUUCGCGUGAAAACAGUCGUGCCAACCAUAACAUCUAUAACCGUUUGUGCAUGGCUGAAACCUCCAAAAGGAAGCGUCGUCAAAGGCAGCUUGAUAAGUUAUGCAACAUCAGCAAGUUCGAAUGCAUUUUUAGUUUAUUUUAACGAAAAAAACGAACUGCAGGUCUUUCUCAACGGCGAAGCUAACCACAAGACGAUAUCUGUGCGCUUGGAAACUAAAACUCAUUUUUGUGUAUCUGCUGUACCAGUCGCCGGCUUUGCUGAUGUAUACAUCAACGGAAAACUGUUACUCAGACUGAAAUCUACAGAGAAAAGAAAUCCUGUAGUUGGAGGAGGUUCUUUGAUUAUUGGACAAGAGCAAGAUUCUGUUGGUGGAGAUUUUGCAGCAUCACAAUCGUUUGCUGGCACUAUUGAAAGUUUCAUGAUGUGGUACAAACAGCUAGAUUCCAAUCAAAUAAAAGAUUUAUAUGAAAACAAGUGUCCAUGCUACAAAAAGGACACAAAUGCUAUUGAUGGCAAAUUUCUAAUCGAAGGCAAAGUUCAAUCUGAAAUCAAAGCCUGCAAGUACUAAAACAAUUUAUAUAAAGCAUAUAUGAUGCAUAAAAAUGAUAUAUAUGUACAUGAACAAAUAUCUAAUCAACUGUAAAAUUGACAACAUUAUUGUAAGAGUUUGUAUAUAUAUAUUGCUUAUGCAGGGUGGUCCAAGAUUGCGAGGUUGUCGGGCCGCAAAAACUUUUGAGGAUGCCUAGCGGGCCGCAGUCGGAGAAAACCCUAAAGUGAUCGAAACAUCGCGAGUUUGCUUACUUUGAAUAUAUUUGAAAAUGAGAGUUUAUCGUUCUAAUCAGAUUUUUAAGGAAGAUUAAUAACGCCUUUUGUUAUUUUAAAAUUGCUUCCCGAGAAAUUCCGUGGUAUUUUCGAUAUCUUUUCUCAUCUUUGGUUUUGUAAUGUCUUGAAAUUAAAUUCUUAUGUGACAGAUAAUACAUGAAAACACUUCAGACAAUGUGGUUUACGUUGUUGUGGGCAAGGAAAUACGUUUCCUCCCAGUUUACCUCGAUCACCUUUUUUACACUC